GCAUGUCGAACGGCAACUCGAGGUCGCGAUUGGCUGUUCUGAACGCUGCAGGAUACUUCCUGGAAUGUCUGCGAGCCAACAAGGCUGUUUCCUCGGAAAAGUGCUGGGGGACCUUCUCGUGUUCAAAAUGUAAUUGGUUGCCUUGGAAUUGCUGGUAAAAAUAGUCGCUGUGCGGACAGAACUGGAGUUGCAACUUUCACAAAAUACCAGGAUGGGUGUAUAAUUUGUAUCAUAAUUAUACACUGGAAAUCAAAAGCCAUUCAACAUGACAACAGAAACAUUGGUGAAGGAUAUCAAACCAGGCUUGAAAAACCUAAAUCUUAUUUUCAUUGUGCUGGAAACAGGCAGAGUGACCAAGACCAAGGAUGGUCAUGAAGUGCGGACAUGCAAAGUAGCUGACAAAACUGGCAGCAUAAAUAUCUCAGUAUGGGAUGAUGUUGGCAACCUAAUUCAGCCGGGAGACAUAAUACGACUCACCAAAGGGUAUGCAACUGUUUUCAAAGGCUGCUUGACCUUGUAUUCUGGACGUGGAGGAGAUCUACAAAAAGUUGGAGAAUUUUGUAUGGUUUACUCAGAAGUGCCAAAUUUUAGUGAGCCAAACCCAGAGUAUGUUGCCCAGCAGUCACAAAACAAAAAUACGCAGAAUGACAAUGCAGCCCCCACGACCUCUCAGACUGUGCCAGGCCCCUCCACAUCAUCGGCAGCCACUGACAACCAGAAUGGCAAUGGAUUGAUCACCUCUGGCCCCAGCAGCUCCACACACACCCCUGCAGUGCCCACGCACCCCACCAGUGGCCGCAUCACCCGGAGUCAGCCCAACCACCAGAGCGGAAGUUCAACAGGGACAGGUUCCUCUUCCAAUGCUGUCAGCAAUGGCAAAGAGACAAGGCGAAGCAGCAAGAGAUAACAGGCGAGGGAUUAAGGGGUGCUUUUAUAGCUCUUUCAUCCUCUAUCUGUCUGUUGUGCUACCUUUUCUUACCUGCUGAUCAGUACUGAGGAGAUGAUACGGAGUAGAAGAGAUAGAACCAGGCAGGUGCAGAGACUCUGAAAUCAACUUAAGUCUAGCCAUUCACAUGUGCUUUGAACAUGUGAUGCUGCCCAGGGAAGAUAUAUGAUCUCCAACGUGUUUCUAGUGAUGUUCCAGGUCAACUUUGUUAUCCCCCCCAAGGAUUUGCCAUUUAUGUACUGGCAGGAAAUUAAAAAGUUUUAAUUCCUUCUGUGUACCUCCUGUGCUAUGGGCAUGGCUCCUUGAAUCAGUUCCUGUUUCCAACUCUAAAAUCCUUAAAACAUGACUGUGGAUGCAUGGUUACAUCUAUAAAAACUGCUUCAGGUUUUAGGAUUGUGGGCUAAGACAGUAGUGUUUGACUGUCCAAGAAUGCGUUAGCCCUAGGAGGCCUUGUACAGAGGAGGUAUACAUAAGCAAACAAACAAUUUAAGCCCAUUUUCCCAAGGCAGACUUAUCCAUUGUUAAAACUAUCCCAGACUAGGAUAAUAAGAAGGCACUGUUUGUCCAAAGAUGAUAUUGAUUGGUAUUACAUGCAUGUUUCUAUGGAUGUAAGUACAGUAUGUUAAAAGUGCAGCGAAACUGUCAAGAAAAGAAAUAUUAGUUUUUUAAAGAAUUUGUCAUAGGAAACACAACAUUUUGUUGCUUAAUGAAUGGAUUAUUUUGCUGAGAACUUGAAAUGGGACUGUAUUUUUAUUUUAGAAGGCUUCAACAUGGCUAAUGUUUUAUUUCAGAAAACUUAAGUGUGGCUGGUCUUGAGAGUUGGCAUGCAUUGGGAUCGGUGACACCAUUUUGGUUCUUAUCCAUUUCUAGAUGUAAUUAAGUCACAGGGGAUGCAUAGGUUGGCCAGGUCUUUGUAUGAAAUAAACCUUCACAGACUUCCCUGUGGCAGUUUUGUGGGAAAUUUAAAUUAAUACUUUGCGCUCCUCAUCAGAUAUACUUCUCCCACACACAACUUAAGUAAAGUGCCCACAGUCCACAAAAGUCUUGGUUUCAGUUAUCUGAAAGAUCACAGAAGAACUGCCUACAUCAGCAAAGAGUAUAAUACAUAUUUUGAAAGGAGAAUAGACUGAAAUAGUAACACUACAACUUUUGCCAAAGUAAACACAAUUUCUCCAAAGCCAAUAAUAGGUAAAAAUAAAUGUCUUAACUUUUUUGUAAUUGUGGCUUAAUUGCAAGUGCUGAACUAUAUUUUAAACUAUUCUAAAAUGUUGUUUUAACUUGCGGUUCUGGUCCUACCCUCCUCUGUUCUCCACUUCCAAAAACAAUUCCUUGACUUUCUUAACUGAAAGAUUUUGCUUUUCAGUGUGUUUUUAAAUAAAGAAAUAUCACUAUUGUCUAAUUCUGAUGUGGCUGUUUGAAUGUAGCAUCUAUGAAUGUUUGGAAAAUAAAUAUUUUAAUUGGCCUCUU